AUGGGAAGAUCCAAUUAUCCGUCUCAAAUGGACAGCCCCUCAAAACAGCUUAUGCUUGAUCUGACCAGAGAUCUGGAGCAGCUGCGCGUUCACAACUCUGAGUUGAAAAAGGUCAAAGCAUUCGAACGCCGCUCAUUUUACGAGAGGCUCGACAAAGCUGACAGCGAACUUGAAGCCCAGCAUAAUGCAGCGCUCGAUAAAGUUGCCGCUCGUCACGAGAAAGUGUUGGAAGAAGCCGAAGAGGCGCUGAGAGAUCACCAUCGUGCGGUCGAGGAAGAGAACCGCCGCAAACAGGAAGAAGCUCGGAAGGAGGCCGAACGACAAGAGCGGGAGAGGGCAGAGAAACUACGCAAGGAACAAGAACUCGCACGAUUAAAGGCCGAACAGGAGGCUGCCGAAGAGGCGAAACGAAAAGCCGCAGAGGAGGCGGAAAAGAAGAAACGGAUAGAACAGGAAGAGAAAGAGCGCAAGGAACGGGAACACGCGGAGCAGGAAACCAAAAAGCGGCAGGAGGAAGCCCAGAAAGCCGAACAAGAAGCCACACGUCUGAAGGAAGAAGAAGCGGCACAGAACCAGCAAGCAGCGCGACAGAAACAGCUCGGUGCUGGCCGAUUGACGGAUGAUGAGAUCAAAAUCCACCAGCGCUAUGUUGAACUACAUCAGCACUUGAAAAAGUUCCGCCUGUACCUCAGAAAUGAGGGGAAGACGAAUCCAAUCAUCAAGCAGAAUAUGGGAGACAUGCGACGAUCCAUCAAGAAAUGCGUUGGCCAGUUACGCGAAGGAAAGGGUGCAAACAAGAACCAGACUCAAGAAAUCCGCACUACACUCGAGAAAGCCGCCUCCAUCGCUGAACCGUCUGUUGAUGUUCGCCAAUUUAUUGCGUUCCCUCCUGAAAACAUCGCGAACUCUGAUGAUAACAAGGUGCCGGGACUUUUGAUAUAUUCCUUGAACAUCCUCGCCAAGUCCCUGAUUUCGUCACUCAUCACAGAAGCGUCGAUUAACCAGGGCCAUGCAGAGCCAAUUGGAAUUGUGGCCGCCCAGAUUUUCUCUCUGGACUCAUUCAUCUACAAGGGCUACCAUAUGGUAGAUAUCUUGUGGGCGAAAUACCGCGUCGUUUGCCCCGCUCUCUGGGGCUUCCACGGCAGCGAGAAAACCGAAUCUGGAAGACGUGCCCUUGGAUGGUGGCGCGAAGGCCCGGACGGCCCAUUCGUCAGCGAACAAGCCCAUGCAGAUCGGAUGACUGCUCUGGGAGGCGGAUUCGCUGCCCUAACCCUGCGCAAUUUUGGCAAGACGCAGCGCAAGAAUCCGUUUCCAAAUAUACUGUUUUGGACAUCUAUGCAUAAGAUCCUCAAUAUUCCCGCCAACGAGAUCCAGGAUACUCAUGUAACCUUGCUUUCCGCAAUGUUGAGAUCGUCGGCGGAGAGAAUUGUUGGCUUUUUCGGACACAUCGGUCUGGCAGUGAUGCGGAGAGCCAUUGUCGAACUGCCCCCAAACCUCCCACGUCAAAGCAUGGCAGUAAACCAGCUGAAACUGCUCAAGGACCUCUACAAACGAGAGAAGCAUAUCAUAAUAUGA